AUGAAGAAUCAAAGUACUUCCAAAAGUGUUGACCUUAGCAAGAUAAAGAAUGGACAGUUUUAUCAGCCAUUAUUCAGUAAAAUACGCUCAUUGAAUGAAAACAUUCUUUUCCAUUUGUAUGUGAGUGAACCGCCUUGUGGUGAUUCAAGUUUACUUUUAAAAGAUGAUUCUAAUAGUAACAGUCAUUGGACUGGAGCUAAGUCAACAAAUUAUGAGAGUUGCUAGGAUCUAGGGAUAUCUAGGUUGAAAAGUGGGCGUAGUGAUAUUAAAGAUGAUAAUAGAAGUGAGUGCAUGAGCUGCUCAGAUAAAAUCAUGAUGUGGAACACUCUUGGCAUCUAAGGCUCUUUAUUGGCACCAUCAGGUAGUUCUAUGGCUUGGAAUAUUACUGAAUCCGAUAAAUUGAACCUUAUUAUUGGGAAAUUCGGGAUUAAAUAGGGGGGAAAUAUUAAAAAUGUAAAAGCACUAAAAUCAUUUAAAUCAGACAUUUGCAAAUACUCUAUGCUUGAAUUGUUGCAAAGAGUGUUGGAUUUGGAUUUGGAAAAAGGAAAAUAGUAUAAUAAAUUAAAGGAAUAGAAUAUAGAUUACUUUAAGUGCAAGGAAUAAUUGAUUAGUUUGCUGAAGGGGGGUUGGACUAAUUUAGAAUUUAAAAGGAAUUAUGAAAAAUUUUUUAUUUUAUGA